AUGAAGAUCGUCUUUCUGCUUCUGCUCCUCAUCGCCUUGGGGGCCAACGCUUUGCGAACCGGUGACGGUGGUUGCCUGAAAGGUGAGUUCGUUCUUCAACUAUAAAUCUCCAAUUUCUCAUACCCAGUAGUUAAAGCGACGCUAAGUUCACCAUAGUUAGCUCAUUCUAUUGGUUGAAAUAUAUCCGAGACCAUUCUUGUAGGAAUUCCUGUCUUUUUCUGAAUCGCUAUGGUCGAAAAUAAUAGAAAAAUAUUAUCAUGAUAUUAUUUUCAGGCCGCAGAAAUACAUUAAGACCUAGGACUAUUCGCGUCCGACCUGGGGCCGUCAAAUUAACCACGGGUGAGUUUUCUCAACAAGAAAGAGGUCAAAAAAGAAUCAUUUUUGAUUUGAAAUCGAAAAAAUUUAAUUUUUCGGUAGGAAACAUUUCAAAAGAUUGCAGUAGUUUCCUACAAAAAAGUUAAUUUAACUCUGGAAUUUUCUGGAAACUGACCAGAACACUUUGAUGUACCUAACACGGAUAGAAAGUCUCGAAAAAAGAUUUCAAAAUGCCUUUUAGCCGGUCCCUGAAGGUUUUUUUGAUUUUGAAGGUUCUAUUUCAAAAUUCAGGUAUCUCUGAGACCUUCAGCUUCAUUCUCUCGAAAAUUGGGACUCUUUUUGGAAAUGUAGAUUUUUGAAAAAUUUAGGAGAAUCCCAUUCAAAGAAGAAAAGUUUCUCACAAAAAAAAAAUUCCUUUUACUCCCGAAUUUUCUGAAAACUGCUUAGAUCACUGUUUGGUGGACCUAAUAAGGACAGUAAAAUUCUUAAAAACCUCUUCAAAAUUGAAGAAAACGUUCAAAGACCGAGUGAAUAUGACUUUCAGCUUUAUUUCCUUAGGAAUCAGGAUUUUUCUCAGGUUGAAUUUUUUCGAAUGAGGAUAGAAAGUCUCAGAAAAAGGUCUCAGAAAGCCUAUCUAGCCAGUCUUUGAAGCUUUCCAUUGAUUUUGAAGGGUCUAUUUCGAAAUCUAGGUAUUUCUGAGACUUUCAGCUUUAUUCUUCUAAAAAUUAAGACUCUUAGAAUCCUCCUUUCUGAGAAAAAAACCAGGGUUAAAAUUUUUAAAAACAAACUCUCCUUUUCAAAAAGACCAUUGAUAGAACUUUAAAAAAAUCAAAACUCAUCAAAUAAAAUCUAAUAAAUCUUACAGUAAAGCCCUCGGUGGAGAAACCGGCUGAGAAACCGACGGAGAAACCAAAAGCUCAGUAA